AUGACGAAGUCGAUGUGGAACUUGACCCAGCUGGACGAGAAGGUGACGGACUCGAAGGCCCGCAUUGAGGAGCUGAAGGAGCUCAUCGGUCUGAUGGAGGAGACCCGCACGACGCUGGCCACGACUAUGGAUGAGGUGACGGCCAUGUACCCGGAGGUUGAGGAGGAGAUCGACGACGAAAUCGCCAACCUCGACUGGGAGAAGGACACGCAGUAA